AUGGCCGGACGCGGCCGCGGCCUGGGCCCGCUGGUGCGGCUUCGCCUGGAGGGGGUGCGGCAGCUUGGACUCGCGGAAGUGCGUGACGACGGGCCUCUCCUCGGCUCCGCGCUCCCCGCGCCCCCGCGCCCAGGGACCUCUGGCCGCUGCCCGAGCGCCGGCGGCGGCGGCGGGGCCCGGCACCGAGGCGCCGCGGCCGCGCGGGCGCCCAGCGCGCCCGCCCCGGCGAGCCGCGCGCGGAGCAGCUGCGCCGCCGAGGCCGCCAUUGGGCCGCCCGGGGAGGCUUACAGGCUUCGGUGGCAACUCGCGGGUGAUGCGGCUGAAAC